CCAGUGUCUCGUUCGUGGACAUGCCCGCCGCCUCCCGGCCUGCCAGACGACGGCGGUGGCAUCAGAAAACAUUCAGCGGUUGUUUGCGGUGCAAACAGAGGCAUGUCAAGUGCGGAGAGGAGAAGCCUGCUUGCCAGAAAUGCAUCAAUCUUGGGGUCUCGUGCCCCGGCUACAAGCUUCCCCUGACACGCCUCUUCGAACUCAAGCCCUCAAAGCAUUUCGAUUGCAAGGAAGACGAGCUGAAUUACGACUUCUUCGUCAGAGACGGUGUGGAAACCGUGGCAUCCGCUCAGAGCACGUCACUACGGUUCUGGACAAGGCUGGCUCCUCAAUUGGCCGAGAACGAUGCAGGCAUCAGACACGGGCUGAUUGCCCUUGGCGCGAUCCUGCGACCUUUACAUAAUGCGCCGAUCGAAAGACGACUCGACAGACCACGGCAAGCUCUCCAGAUGCCACCUUCGGCAGCCAGGCACGCGAGACAAGCCUUGAAUUGUAUGAAGGUUUUAGACUGCGGAGUGCUGCCGGUCGAGGUGUCCCUCACUUAUUGCAUUCUAUCCAGGGAGCUGGCUAUAUGGACCGAGAAGGAGCCGUCUCCUGUGGAUCAUCUUCUCAUUGCGCAUGGCAUCCUCCAAAGCAAGAGCGUACACAACCUGGGAGUGUCGUGGAUGGCACACAACGACCUCCUGGCGACCUUUGUCCCUCUAGUCGACCAGCUGCUCGUCCACGCCUGCAGCUACUCAGAUGAUUUCCCCCCUGUCGACUCCGGCUUACUAUCGAACUACCAGCUUGUGAAUGGCUUGGAAAGGAUACAGACGGUUUCGACCUGGGCGGAUGCGCUCGACAGCAUUGCCUCCCUCCUGAAAUCCGUCUUCCGAGUAACCUGUCCCUUCAUCGUCUCGACCGACGCCGAGUUGGGCUAUAUCCUGUGCUCGCUGAACAUGUUUGAGGAAAAGCUGCAGAAGAUCCGGGCUGAGAGCGGCCUCGCGGGGGAUUACCUGCACCUGCAAGUCCAUCAUCGAGUCGCGCACAUAAUGUUCCACACGCUGGGCCAAGACGACGAGUGGAAGUACGACAAGUUCCAGCCGGAUUUUUACUUUAUUGUCGAACAGAUGAAAAUGAUGCUGGCGUCCCGGUGCUGGGGCUACUCUAAAUGGAACGACGACGACACGGUGGGACAUCAUGCUGCUAGACUCUCGCCGACUCUUGGCUGGAUCGCGCCGUUGUGGUUCGUCGCCACGAAAUGUCGCGACUCGUAUCUCCGCCAACAGGCGCUGCGCCUGCUGCACGACCUGCGCCGCGCCGAAAGAGGGUGGACAAGUUGUAUGGCGGCGGCCAUCGCCCGGUUCGUGAUCGAGGAGGAACAGAAGCCCGUUUCCCCGGUCUCGGACGCUGACAUGUCGGGGUCAUCGGCCAUCUACCACCUCGAGCGGAGAGUCGAACUGAACGAGGUCGAGUUCUGCAGCAAAGAGCGUAAGGUCUUUUUGGCAUACACCGUCUCCGGCAAAUACGAUACCGUGGCGGAGAAGUGCAUCGACAGCAUCCCUUACACUCCCCACCCGACGGUCGAGAAGGACAAUGGCGAAACCUGUCCGAUGUCAAGGAAGGUCCUCAGGCACUGUGGCUACUCGGGGAUCUUGUUGUACUCACCGCAUAUUGAUUGUCAUUGCGCCGAUCUUGCGGGAUGAGUUACUGAGUAGUAUCACGACAUGAGCAAGAACGUAGAUUUUGGGUCUUCUGGCUAUGCAGCCGUGUUGGGGGAAUGCUUUGCAGAGCGGGUUCGUCUGAUACGUGUGCAGAACGAUGGUCAAUGACUUGGUAAUAGUACUAUGAGCGUCGGCG